AUGUACCCAGAUCGUCGGUUCGAAAGAGACCGCUGUUUUCCCUUCAUCGCAUUCAAUCACGAACAAAUACGUGCAAGUGCAUCGGGAGGCUACCUGCUCACUAAUAAACGCAACUUCGCGUCCGUCUCUGAGAAAAUACUGAGUCUCGACAUUGAAGCUCUGAAAGCUCUGAUUUCUCGGGGAGAAUCCGGUGACUAUGUUCGGCCAGAAAAUGACGCAGAAAAGGCAUGUUUUGACCUCAUGUCUGUGGUCGACCUCGUCGCUGGUCAUGUCAAUGGAUUGAACACGAGCAAGAAAUACCAGCGCAACGAAUUAAAAUCUCUGAUAAUCGCAAAAGGGAUGCCUAUAUUCUUUAUCACAUUCGCCCCAGCUGAUAUAAAGAACCCGUUAUGUUUGUACUACUGCGGAGAAGAUGUAGACCUAUGCAACUACAUGCCGCGUCUUCGAAAUGCGGAUGACCGUCGGCGGGCAAUUGCGGACAACCCGGCCGGCGCAGCUCGUUUCUUCGACUUUCUUGUCAAGACAUUCAUUCGUGUUAUUCUGGGCUUCGGAGACGAUAGCAAGCCUGGCUUAUUUGGACACUCGGACGCUUACUAUGGCACAGUCGAA